UUAUAACUUCGUUCUCUUCCAAAGUCUGCAUUUUUAUUUGUUCUUCUUACGAGACUGAUACUUCAACAAGAUCGAUCCCUAAAAUCCGAUACUCAAAUCUCCAGGUUGAUUCCUUGAUUUUACUACCUGAAGAGAUUUCUGAUUGAAAGGAUUUAUUAUGAGUGUUCGAUGGCCAAGAGUUCUAACGCCAAGUCUUCUUUCACAAAUCCUAAAGAAGCAGAAGAACCCAGUAACAGCACUUAAACUUUUUGAGGAAGCAAAAGAGAGGUUUCCGAGUUACGGUCACAAUGGUUCGGUGUAUGCCACUAUGAUUGAUAUCCUUGGUAAAUCCAAUCGUGUGUCGGAGAUGAGAUAUGUCAUUGAGAGGAUGAAGGAUGAUUCUUGUGAAUGUAAAGAUUCGGUUUUUGCAUCUGCGAUCCGUACAUUCUCCAGAGCAGGAAGGCUGGACGAUGCCGUUUCUCUCUUCAAGAGCCUCCAUGAGUUCAAUUGUGUGAACUGGACUCUUUCUUUUGACACUCUUUUGCAGGAGAUGGUUAAAGAGUCUGAGCUCGAAGCUGCGUGUCGAAUAUUCAAGAAGUAUUGUUAUGGGUGGGAGGUGAAUUCUCGUCUCACGGCUCUGAAUUUGCUUAUGAAGGUUCUGUGCCAGGUCAGUCGUUCUGACUUGGCGUCUCAGGUUUUUCAAGAGAUGAAUUACCAGGGUUGUUAUCCUGACAGAGACAGUUACAGGAUCUUGAUGAAGGGGUUUUGUCUAGAGGGGAAACUUGAUGAAGCCACUCACCUCUUGUAUUCAAUGUUCUGGAGGAUCUCACAGAAAGGUUCAGGUGCGGACAUUGUGGUUUAUAGAAUUCUAUUGGAUGCGUUGUGUGAUGCUGGGGAGGUUGAUGAGGCUAUUGAAAUUCUUGGUAAAAUCUUAAGAAAAGGACUAAAGGCUCCAAAACGAUGUUACCAUCAUAUCGAAGCUGGUCACUGGGAGGGUACCAGUGAAGGUAUAGAGCGGGUGAAACGACUAUUGACCGAGACUUUGAUCCGAGGCGCAAUUCCCAGUUUGGAUAGUUAUAGUGCCAUGGCUACUGAUCUUUUUGAGGAAGGUAAGCUUGUUGAAGGUGAAGAGGUGCUUCUUGCAAUGCGAAGAAAAGGCUUUGAGCCAACACCAUUUAUUUACGGGGCCAAGGUUAGAGCACUGUGUAAAGCCAGGAAGCUGGAAGAAGCAGUUACUGUAAUCAAUAAGGAGAUGAUGGAAGGUCAUUGCCUUCCAACAGUUGGAGUGUAUAAUUUGCUUAUUAAAGGUUUAUGCGAUGAAAGAAAAUCCAUGGAGGCUGUUGGAUAUCUCAAAAAGAUGUCUAAACAAGUCUCUUGUGUAGCGAACGAAGAAACAUAUCAAACUCUAGUGGAUGGUUUGUGUCGAGAUGGUCAAUUUCUUGAAGCGAGUCAGCUCAUGGAGGAGAUGUUGAUAAAAUCAUUCUUUCCUGGUGUUGAAACUUAUAAUGUAAUGAUAAAAGGUCUUUGUGAUAUGGACCGGCGGUAUGAAGCAGUGAUGUGGUUAGAAGAAAUGGUUAGUCAGGAUAUGGUGCCGGAGUCUUCUGUGUGGAAAGCUUUGGCUGAGUCUGUCUGUUCUGGAGCCUCGGAUGUUGUUGAGAUUCUUGAGCAUUUAAGUAGCAACAAACGUUAAUCAUAUAACUACCGUUGCUUGAUCUGUGAACUUAACAAGUAUGAUGAUGCUAUGUGAGAGCCGGCAACAUUUUGAGAUUGUGACAUGUUUAUGUGCAUGUAGCGCCUCCCUUUUCAAGGAGGUCGAUACCUGCAGUUCUGGCUUCCAUUCAAGAAGAACACUGACUGGCUUUAAUUAAGUCAUAUGGUUUAUGAUUCUGAGGCUAUGGUUCAUUUAAUGAUUCUCAAGAUUGCUUAUGUUCUUCAAGAACAAGAAACUCUAGUUCCUGUCAGAGAAUCUGUUCGAAGAAAGAUGGACAAUUCAGAAUUAGGUAUUCAACCGGUUGGUCUGUUGCUUCUGACUUGUGAGAUCAAUGAGGCCACAUAUAAUACAUAUUGAUGCUCCAUGCCCUCAUUGUAUCAUCAUUUAGUUAAAACGGUUUUUGUGAAAUGUAAUUGUUUGAAUUAACAGUUUCUUUGACGUUUACAUAAUAUUAAUUUCAUUUUUUUU